UUUUGUGUUUAUCCAUCAUGUCAUAUGUUGCAUCUAAUUUUUAACUUUUCAAGUAAAUUUGUAACUUUAAACUGUUUUUAAAUAUUUGAGGUUAAAUCGAGUAUGUGCAUGUUUACGCAAUACUAGUAUAUCGGGAAAAGUGAGAGAGUAAUGGAAUAUUUUAUUGCAGUACAAGUAAUUACCUUAAUCUAAAUUUAGGCAACAUCUACAUUUAAAACUGCAAAAACUAAUCAUUAUCAUUUUAAUUUGACUCUCGUUUUGAAACAACCGGACGUGAAUCCUGGCGAAAAUGGUGGAAACUAUAACGCAUGCGUAAUGCAGGAUUUUCAGAUUAAAAUUCCAUUCCCAUGGAAAUUGACACGUAUGGAUACAAUCGCCUCUUUGCUACAAACUCGAUGUAGAUAUUGAUUCGAAAUUAUAUUUUCAUAAAAUAUAAUUUUUAUAUAUAAAAAGUCAAUUUCCAACUUUGACUCAACGUGAAAGAAAAAAUGUCUUGGAUACGAGAUAGCACUUUAAAUUGGAUUCAGCGUUUAGCUGUCAAAAUCGUAAAAAGUGGUCAAAUUCCUAGACAUGUUGCAUUUAUAAUGGACGGAAAUAGGCGUUAUGCGAAUAAGAAAAAUGUAGAAAAAGUUGAAGGACAUACGCAAGGAUUUUACAAAUUAACAGAAACAUUGCAGUGGUGUUUAGAACUUGGAGUUCCCGAAGUUACUGUUUACGCAUUCAGUAUAGAGAAUUUCAAAAGAAGUAAAGAGGAAGUUGAUGGCCUCAUGGAUCUAGCUAGAAAAAAAUUCCAAGGCCUUUUAGAUGAAAGAGAUAAAUUAAUGGAAAACGGAGUUUGUAUACGAGUAGUUGGAAAUUUAUCUCUCAUACCAGAGGAUGUUCAAAAGUUAAUUGCAGAAGCCAUGAUUAUUACGAAAGACAAUAGCAAAGCAGUUCUCAAUUUGGCAUUUUCUUACACCUCAAGAGACGAGAUUACCCAAGCAGUCAAGGAUGUCGUUGACGGAGUUAAAAGUACCGAAUUAUUGGUGGAAGAUAUAAACGAAGAUCUCAUAAAUGAUUGUUUGUACACUCACAAAUCUCCGGAACCCGAUUUAUUGAUUCGCACAUCUGGAGAAAUACGUUUGAGUGAUUUUCUCCUGUGGCAAAUUACAAGUACUUGCAUUUAUUUUGCGGAAGUACUUUGGCCAGAAUUCACUGUAUGGGACUUACUUGCCGCAGUUUUAUAUUAUCAAAGGUGUACAUAUGAUUUGAGAUUGGUAGCUAAGAAGGUUGAAAGCAAACAUUUAAUUUGCAACAACAGAAUUACUUCCUACAUUUGUAAUGUAUAUAAACAGAGACAAAUGUUCAUAGAAAAUAUAUCGCAGACUGCAGUUCAGUGAUUAGAAUUGAAUGUAACUUUUGUUUUAUGAUUUUUAAAUUGGCAAAAGUAGUAUCCGUCGCAAUAGCAAAAUACGAAUGAAAUUUUUGCCAGAAAAACGGAUUACUUCUUGGGAAUAUAUUUAAAAAGAAACUCGACAUUAGUUUUUUAUUUUGGCCACGAGUACGAGUGUUUGAGAUUGAAGUAGUAAAUAUUAAUUUCUACAGUCAUGUAAAUAUGUAGAAUAUUUGCAUUUCUACUUGCGAUUUACUGGAACAUGUACAUAUUUUUAUUAUAUUGUAUUGAGCACAAUAUUUUCGAUGAAUUUAAAUAAAUUUGUUUAAAUUUGAACAAC